AUGGAUCCUCACACGGGGCCAUUGGUGCUCUCAGCGCCCUUGUCGAGUGAACGACGGAGUGCGUUAUACCAGGUUCUGGAGGCUGUCGGCGUAGGUCCUCCCGGACCUCUCAUGUUUGCAAAACUUCUCGGUGGUCUUCGGGCACCAGAGCAUCUUGGUCUUCUGAAGCCCAGUCUACCAUCCUCUUCAAUAUUCCAUUCGGGAGGCAAGGGGUACGAAGUGAUGCAACGAUGCUAUGCUGGCAAUGACCCUGCUGCGAGGUUCCUCGGAGACUUGAUGACCGAGCUGUGUCAGCAAUGCACCGACCAUGCCUAUCCGGUUACCAAGGAAGUAGACUACUUCAAAACGGAGAACUAUACGCGUAUCCUGUCCAACAUAGAUCCUCUAGUCGAACAAGUCAGGAAAGAAAUACCCAACCAUCUCUGCUCGUUCGGCAAUAUCAAACAGAUACUUGACAUCCUUCUUAUAAUAGAGUUGAUCGCGCACCAACAACACAAGCUUCUAUUCUGGGAAAUCGUAAUCAGUCUUGAAGACAUCGAGAUCAUGUCCGACUGCCUCUUUCACUUUGUGAUGCAGGCCUUCAACGAUCCUCAAACACGGGAAUCGGCCGCGAGUCGAAAACAAGCGCUCUCUCAGAUCAUCGAAAGGCCGGCGAGGGUUAAUGCUCGUGCCCCCGCUGUCCCUGGCGCCGGCGCCACCUUUUCGUCAGCCAGUUCCUUCUUACCCCCUUUCCCACGUUCAGUGCCCGUUCCGUCAUCCCAAGCACCUCAGCCUUUGGGCGCCAGUGACCCAUGGCCGAACGACUUGUUCCCCGAGUCUCACCUUCCUCGUGGCUUUCAGGUCCAGACUGAACCACAGAGCGCUUUCCACGCGGAGAUCCCUUCCAGCUCCUCGCAGCAAUCUACGCCAUGCCAGAUCAUGGCGGAGGCUUUGAAGAGAUACACAGAGAUCAACACGGCAACAAAGGCAGAAUGUCUCGGUGUGCUGACAAAGCAGGAGGAGUCCAGGCAGCAGCUUCAAGUCGCGUUCCAAGAAUUCUUGCAUAGCGAGGCCGUUCUUCAUGGUCAAGCUGAGCAAAAAAUCAGCGCUCUCUUUGACGCAGCUGGGGCGACUAGCGAUCAUAUAACGUACCCUCGUUCUCCGGGUGACGCCUCUGCAGCCCCGCCAUCGUUCUCCCCUGGUGCUCCGCUGGGAAGUCGCCCUGCAAACGCUCAAGGACGAUGGGCAUCAUCCGCGAUUUUACCGGAAAGUCUCUCCCCAGGAUACGCCCCGUCCGUCAUGUACCCUCCGUUCGCGCCACUUCAUCCUUCCCCGUCAAAUAACGCCAAUUUUAUGAAUCCACCCGCCCUGGGUCCGAACCCGUACUCAUACUCUCCCCCUUACCCCGUCCCUCCUCCCUUGGGCAACCUCUUCACACCUCCCAGCUAUCCUACCACGACUGGUUCCUUCCCGGCGCUCUCCCCUUACGCUGCGUGGCCUAUGAGUGUGGGUCCUGGCGCAUACUAUGGCUCUACCUUUUCAGCACCGCAGACGUUCCGCCAUGCUCAACCGCCUUUUGGUGGCGCCUCGGCCUCGUUUGGGACUCUGCCUCGGUGGGAGACCAGGGAGCCUCACGGUAACACCUCGAACUGGAAAGCACCAAGCAUACCUCCUACGAUUCCGAAUGCUACGUCGCAUACCGCACCGUAUGCGAAGGCCGCGUCGCAACACCGUUCCGUUCCUCCAACAGGAUCAUCUUCGUGGAGCGCUUCGUCACCUUAUUAUCCUUUUUAUAGUGCGCCUGAUUCUUCCCAGCGGUCGCCCAGAACCUGCCCUGCAGCUCUCUUCACCCCGCCGCCCCCGCCACCAAUGCUACGAGUUCCUGACAGUGCUGACAGUUCAAGAUGCACGAGCCCUUAUAUCAAUCUGCCCGACUUAUCGUCAUAUGUGAUGCCUCCGCUGGAGAGUUCCUCCGAUAUUCCUGGACUUCAGCCAGAGUUCAGUGACGUCGGAACUCCUCGUCGGGAGCCUCUGAGCCCUAUAACAGAGCGUACCAGUCAGACAGGUUCGGAAGCGGUUAAUGGCGAGCAGCAUCGCGUACGGAUUGUCGAGCUAAAACGCUCUCCCUAUCUCCCCCGUGCGCCUGAGGCUCCCGGUCACUCAAGUAAUGCGCACGGGAAUGGACCGUUGAGGAUGACUUCCCCGUCUAUCUCUUCGCCUAUAUAUGUAGCCCCAUCGCCGAUCCCACAUGCGAACACACCGCCUCAGCCAUCGAGGGUUGAAGUUGAUUCGUCCGUCUCAGAGCUGGUUACAGAUUCAGAGCCCUCGGUGCUAUCAUCUCCUACCUCCGACAACGCGCUUUUCCGCGAAGCUGAACGUGGAGGGUGGUACUUCCCUACUUUCCCCCCUAACCCUCUGGUCAUCAAUUCAGUACCCGUGAUCAUUCCUCCCUCCCCGAGCCCACGGAUUUGUGGAAGUACACAAAUUUCCGUGUCGCCACCGCCUGGUGUCCGCGACUAUGAGACCACUGACAUGUCGAGGUCGACCUCGUCUCCCAUCGCAUCUAGUGCUUCCAACCCUCUGCCCCCGUCACAACUCUCUACGCAGCUCCAGUUCUCCCAUCUCUUCUGUGAUGAUAAUCGUAGUCCUCCGCCACCCCCGGUCAUCAUCCAGGCUCCGCCGCGACCACCUUCCAGUUCCGAGCGGAUAGAAAAAAUUAAGGGCCGCUUCGAUGAACUCAAACAGGCAUUCUCCUUCUCGCGUUUCGUUGACGUUAGCAUGGACGGCUCCACUUCCAAGACGGUUGAUACGACUGCGCUGUACGCUACGACGCUGAUGGAGUGCGCGUUGAACAACGGGAACCAUCUCUCGAUGUUGACUGGCAAGAGGUAUCGCAUGCUGCCAUUCGGGUCAGAAGGUGGCCGUCGCGUUCACCAGUAUUCGAAGGAUCUCGACGAUGUGCUUUUAGAACUUGACGGGGUGUGGUGCGGAGACGAUGCGGCGGCGAAGGCGAAGAGGAAGGAGGUGGUCGACGAGGUCGUCAAAGAGGCGAAUGUGCUUGAUCAGUGGAAAGAUAUGAUCUGCAAGAUGGCUGAUGUCCAGCAGUGAGGAUCUGAAAGCGUUUCUUUCAGAAAAACGUAGGCGCGAUCACCGAGAAGUCUUCAAGUGAAUAUGUAUGAUAGAUGUUAGUACGUUGGGAGCUAGAGUUCUUGGACAGUCAUGUUGUCUCAUAUUAUUGUUUUCGAGUUUUUAGUCUUUGCUUGCUUAUGCCUUACCCUUUGGUUUUGGAUCUUGACGACUCCGAAGUUCGUGCACCUUUACACCUCUUGAUGUAUAUCUUGUAUAUGAAAUCGAAUUCACGCUCUAUUAUCGC